UACUUCCUUCCACCGAGCGAAGUGGAAAGACAGAUAUUCGCGAAAGAUAAGCUCGCGAUCGUACGUACAGUCUCCCGUCAUUUCGCGCCUAAUGUAAUUAUGCCGGCACGUGACGUUUGUUGGUUUUUUUCCCACGUCAGCGGCCAGCCUUUUUGAGCGGGACGUUAAAUUUGAAGCGAGCAAACACGACCGCUCGCGGGCACAUCUACGUCGCACAUCCGUCGCCCGAUACUUCCACGAAUUAAUAUCGGAAUUGAAGGCCGAAACUAGCAAUAGUAAUAUUAGUAACAGGAUGCAACUUCUUCCUGGGAAAACGCAUCGACCUUGAGGGUCAGCUCGCGCGGAGGUAUCAGUCGUUAAAAUUCGAAUCGAUGCUCGGGCAAACACACCUUGAAAAAAGAAAACAACCCCCUGGCCCGCUCCGUUCCGGGAGCCCUUUUACGUUUGCGUCAGUGCGGCGUCGCGCGGUUGUGCAUACGACGGCGCUUGUCAGUGUUGGAAAACAUUGGAACAAUAAUGUCCAUUUAUCGGGGAGAUAUCAUGGGUGCGCACACGCACGCAUACGACGGCGUAAGGGCCGCGGCGUGUGAGGCGCCGUAUCGCCAAAGUUAGAAGGGUGCCGCCGCCGCCGCGCUAUCGUUGACACCUCAGUCAACUGUCAGCGGUCUUCGGGGUAGUUGGAGGGAAGGACUCGCGUUUUUCGGGGAUCUCGGGAAGAUCCGUGCAGCACUUCGAUGGUCCCUUCGCGGCGAUCCGUAGCGCUGUAAGAGUUGUCGUGAAGGGCAAUCGGCUGGCGCGUUGAAAGAAGGAAAUGCGAAUGUGAGCGAUUGAUGGUCGCUUGAGACGAUAAUAUAAUCCGUUGGAAGUGUGAAGUAAAAUAAUAAAAUAAAAAUAGGACAAACCAAAGUUAGAGAGCGGCGUGUGAGGUGUCAAAGUUAGAAGGGUGCUGCGUUAUCGUUGACACCUGACAGUCAACUGUCAGCGGUCUUCGGGGUAGUUGGAGGGAAGGACUCGCGUUUUCAGAGAUCUCGGGAAGAUCCGCGACAUUCUCGCAUUCUGAUGUUUCCGCAGCGUUAUAAGAGCACUCAUGAGCGAAGGGCGAUAAGAAGGAGUUUUCCAACGCGUUUUCCAAUGAAGACCGGUCGGCUGGCGCGUUGAGAGAAGGAAACGCGAAUGUGAGCGACUGAUGCUCCCUGGAGACGAUAAUAUAUUACGGAGAGCAAGAUUCACGAUGAGCUGAAGGGGUGGAAGAACGUGAUCGUGAGAUGGAGGAUUUAUCUUCGAAUCUGGCGAAGAGGAAGUCGACUUUUAACCCGUGGAACGAUGCGCGAAUUUUGUCGCAAGUCAGAACACACGAUUUCGCACGUCUGAAGGAUAUCAAUACGAUGGACGCGAUGCCGGCGCGAAUCCGUAAACGCGACACUCUGGACGUCGCACACGAGGAUUAUUACAACACCGUCGACCGGGCGCCGUUUGCUUACGCGAAGAUCAACAACACCGUCGACACGCUGCACUUGCAGGACCCCUACAGACCGCCUCAACGACUGGAGGGAUACGCAGGGAUUCCGCAGGAUCAUUCGAAGGAUAUGUAUCGGUUGCAAGAUUCCUCCCUGAGAUGGAGAUACAACAACUUCGUGGCGAAGGGGCCGGUCGCGCAGAGAAACAGCGACAAGGACGAGAAUGAGAAAGUCGAACGGUCGAAGAAGAAGAAGAAGUACCAAGCAUGCUCCGAGUUGGCCGACAUCGUCAAGCAGUACUGCGCGAACAGCAGCCUGCACGGCCUGCGUUACGUCGGCGAUUCGGAGUUGUCAGUCAUCGAGAGAAUAUUCUGGGUGAUCUCAUUCACCAGCGCGCUGGUCACCGCGAUAUACUACAUCAUCUACCUCUACCAGAAGUGGGACGGAGCGCCGAUAAUUAUCUCCCUGAGCCCUUCGCCGGUCCCCCUCACUGAAUUUCCGUUUCCCUCCGUGACGAUAUGCAAUAUGAACCACGCCAAGAAGACCGAGGCGAGACGGAUCAAAGAGGGGUCUGACAAGAUAAAGAAAUUAAUGCUGGAAGACAUCUGCGAUACGGAGAACAACGGUACUUUCGGAAAAGAGCACGAUAUGAUCGAUUGGGACACGAUGCUGCAGUUCAUGAUUAACGUGUCUCAACCAUGUACGGACAUGUUAUAUUAUUGCAUAUGGCACGGGACGCGGUUCGACUGCAAAGACAUCUUCAAUCCUACUAUGACGGACGAUGGAAUCUGCUGCAACUUCAACGGGGUGAACAGGCAGUAUCUCUUCUACAACGCACGUGACUGGCCCACAUUGAACAUAACGUACAUGUCGCCCAGCGUCGACUGGAAUCCUGAAAACGGCUACAACAACAGCAACAUGAUAGACGUCAUUCCGUGGAGACCAUACGGCGCCGGGAAAUAUUACGGCUUGACGUUGGCCCUCGACGUGGACGAGGAGGAGUAUUUUUGCUCGGGCACUGCCAGCGUGGGCUUCAAGAUGCUGCUCCACAAUCCCGUGGAGACGCCGAAGAUCGCCGACUUCUCGUUCUCGAUCAUGCCGGGCGAGGAGACCCGCGUGAUCGUGAAGCCGCGGAUAUCGACCGCCAGCAAGACCCUCAUCUCCAUACCGAAGGCGAAGCGCAAGUGCUUCUUCACGGCCGAGAGGAAGCUGCGUUAUUAUCGGACCUACACGCAGAGGAACUGCGUCCUCGAGUGCGAGGCCAACUUCACGCAGAGCAUGUGCUCCUGCGUCCAGUAUUAUAUGCCAAAGUCGUCGAAGACGCAGAUCUGCGGCAAGAAGGACGAGCUGUGCGCUCAGAACGCCAGACGAAUCAUGGAGAUGAGACUCUACGACGAGAGCUCGAUUAGUUCGUUAAACGUCACGGAGAUACCGAGCUGCAACUGCUGGCCGGGCUGCUUCGAGGUGAAUUACAGGGCGGAACUUUCGCACAGCAAAUUGAUGUCGAUCGCCGGUAACUCGGAGCCGUACAUAAAGAGGAACGAGAAUUAUUUCACAAAGAACAUGGCGCUGAUCCACAUAUUCUUCGUGGACUCUCAAUUCACCAAGUACGUAAAGACCGAACUGUUCGGAUUCACCGAGUUCUUAUCGAGCACGGGCGGCUUGCUGGGUCUCUUCUUGGGCUUCAGCUUCCUGUCGUUCAUGGAGAUGGUGUAUUUCUUGACGAUGCGGCUGUGGUGUCGCCUGUACCGGCAACGAUCAUCCCAAAGACCCGUCGUACUUCAGACACACCCGUUGGAUCACAGGAAGAAGGCGAUCUAUCCAUUCGCGAACUGAGGACUUCUUCAGAU